AUGGCAGACGAGGACCUCGAACGGCCAGUCGUGAGCCGGAACGGGACACAACUGCCAGCCUACACGAAGACCUACUACUUCAAACAGCUCAUUGACCACACGAACCCGAGCCUCGGCACUUUCUCGCAACGGUACUGGCACACGUACGAGUUCUACGAGCCAGGUGGCCCGAUCAUCCUUUCAACGCCCGGCGAGGUCGACGCAUCCGGCUACACCUCCUACCUCACAAACUCGACCCUGAACGGGCGGAUCGCGCAAGAGCUCAACGGCUCCACGAUUGUACUUGAGCACCGAUUCUUUGGAUCGUCCAACCCAUACGACGACCUUUCGGUGUCGUCGCUGCGAGUGCACACCGUGCAGCAAGCAAUCAACGACCUCGCGUACUUCGCGCAGCAUGUGCAGCUGCCCAUGCCUGGGGGCGACGCUGUUCAACCGGGCAACGCACCGUGGGUCCUCAUGGGUGGAAGCUACGCAGGGGCACUGACGAGCUACACAAUGGCCAAUGCAACAGAUGUGUUCUACGCGGCGUACGCGUCGUCCGCCGUCGUCCAGCCCAUCGUCAACUUCUGGGGAUACUUCGAGCCUAUCCGACAGUCAAUGCCUGCGAACUGCUCUGCCGACAUCGCCGCCGUGAUCGCGCAUGUGGACACCGUCUUGACCGCAAAUGUCUCCGCAGACGUGCUCGCGCUCAAGAAAACCUUCGGCCUCGACGGCCUCGCGCACAACGACGACUUUGCCGCUGCCUUGCAACAGCCUCUGUACUCGUGGCAGAGUCUCCAGCCGGACAGUGGCCCCGGUCAGGCAUUCUACAAGUUUUGCGACGCACUGGAGGUUAAGAAUGGUGUGGGUGCGCCAGCGGAAGGAUGGGGACUUGAUUACGCGCUCGCAACGUGGGGAGCAUACUGGGUGAACACCUACUUUGCGCAAAUUUGUGGACACGAUGAUGACGAAACAUGCCUUGGUACUUACGACACCUCAAGUAUCUUUUGGACGGAGGACUACACCCCCAACGCCGCUCGCUCCUGGGACUGGCUCACAUGCACCCAAUUUGGUUUUGACUUCACCGGCGCCCCCAUCAACCAACCUACCAUUGCCUCCCGCGUCGUGACCCCCGCCUGGACCGAGCGUCAAUGUGGCUACCGCUUCCCCGGCGCCUGGGGAUCCUCAGCCGAUGUCGCCGCGCCCAACGCCGGUGCCCUCCUCGCCGCCUACUCCGGGUGGAACACCACCACCUCCCGCCUCAUCUUCGCGAACGGUCAGCGCGACCCGUGGCGCGAGGCCACCGUCGCCGCGGACGGUGCGACCAACGCCGGCUCCACCGCACAGCCGCACCUGCUCUCGGACGGGUUCCACUGCUCCGACCUGCUUGUGCGCGAGGGCGCGGCGAGCGCGAAGGUGAAGGCGGUGCAAGACCAAGCAGUGGAGAUCAUGAAGGGCUGGAUCGCGGAGUGGGCGCCGAGUGCGUGA